AUGGCUGCCGAUACGAACCCUCCCAAUGAAAACGGCGGAGAACAAGAGAAACCCCCUUCUGUAACCGACAACAACGAGCGACCACAAAGAACACCCAAAGUCUCCGACUACCUUCGAGUGUUCAACUACGCUACAAAAUGGGACUUUUUCAUUUAUGCUCUAGCCUCAGUCGCUUCAAUCGGCGCUGGAAUUACCAUGCCUUUGAUGAACAUCAUCUUUGGUCAACUUGUCAAUCAGUUCACAGUGUUCUCCCAGCCCGGCACCGGAAUCUCCUCUGAAGGCUUUCGAGAUAUCUUGGACAAACAAGUACUGUACAUAGUGGGCCUCUUCAUCGGUCGCUGGGGUCUCAAUACCAUCAACAAGUACUGCUUCCGGAUGAUUGGUAUCCGACUGUCAUCUGCCAUUCGUCUUCAUUACCUUGAAUCCCUGUUCUCACAGUCCAUCCAUGUUAUUGACUCGAUGCCAGCUGGUGCGCCAGCGACCGCCAUCACCUCUACGUCCAACACCCUUCAAGUUGGCAUCUCAGAGCGCUUGGGCACCUUCUUGGAGUAUAAUGGCACAAUUUGGGCCUCAAUCAUCGUCGCAUUCGUUUGGAGCUGGGACAUCACUCUGGUCACGGCAAGCAUAAUACUAUACAUGGCCACUGUCCUGUCAAUCACGAUGCCCAUUCUGGUCAAGGGCCAGACUGCGACCGUGGCUGCAGAUGCUCAAGGUAUAGCUAUUGCGAGCGAAGCGUUGCAGGGCAUCCGUCUUGUCACAGCCUGUGGUGCACAGUCUCGAGUCGUGUCGCGAUACCAGGAAUGGGUCCGAAAAGCUAUGGUACAAGGCCAGAACAUCGCGCCCUUCACUGGCAUGCAUCUUGGCUUGAUAUUCUUCGGUGUCUUUGGCGCAUUCGGCCUGUCCUUCUGGUACGGUACCAAGCGAUACGUUGACGGCGCGAUCGACAACCCUGGAGUUAUCAUCAUUGUACUCAUGUCAGUCAUGUUGAUUAUCACGUCUUUAGAGCGUGUCGCGACACCUCUUAUGGCUAUUAGCAAAGCCAUGAUCGCCGCCUGCGAGUUUUUCACUGUUAUUGAUGCCCCGCUACCUGCCUCCGGUUCCCUCAAGCCAGAUAUCACAUCAUGCGACAUUGGUUUUGAUGGUGUUACCUUUGAGUAUCCAAGCCGCCCUGGUGUUUGUGUUCUUGAUGAUUUGAACCUCUGCAUCCGCUCUGGACAAAACACGGCCAUUGUCGGACCAUCAGGCUCUGGUAAAAGCACCAUUAUCGGGCUGCUAGAACGCUGGUACUCCCUGAAGGAACAUCACAUCCUCCCUCAGGUCGUCCAAGCGGCACCGAAACAAAAGGCCGAUGAAAGCACUGAAGAUAUGUCUGAAAAGGCUGUCGAAUCUUCUGUAAAUGUCACGCUGGCCGGUACGAUCUCAAUUUCGGGUCACAAUAUUGAGGAUCUUGAUCUCAAAUGGUGGCGAUCGCAAAUUGGACUGGUCCAGCAGGAGCCUUUUCUUUUCAACAACACCAUCUUCCACAAUGUUGCUCAUGGUCUUAUCGGUUCUGAAUGGCAAGACGAAUCCGAAGUUAAAAAGCGGGAACUCGUAAGCCAAGCAUGCAAGGAAGCAUACGCGGACGAAUUCAUCAAUCGGCUCCCCGAUGGUUAUGACACUCGUGUCGGCGACGGUGGAGCAAAGCUCUCAGGUGGUCAAAAGCAACGUUUAGCGAUCGCUAGAAGCAUCAUCAAGCAACCCCGUAUCAUCAUCCUCGACGAGGCGACCAGCGCAAUUGAUGCGAAGAGUGAGAAGAUCGUCCAAGCCGCUCUCGACAGAGUUACUCAGGGCCGCACAACCAUCACCAUUGCUCAUCGCCUCUCUACGAUCAAGAAGGCGGACAACAUUAUUGUUUUGCAAAAAGGCAAGGUGGUUGAGCAGGGCGCCCACGCAGAUCUCAUUGCCAAGGCGGGGGUAUACUCUGCUUUGGUUGGAGCACAGGCUCUUCGGGUCGCUGAACAAACGGAGGACACUACCACUGUGUCCGAUGCUGAGAAGAUUGAGCAGAGCUCCGAGCUAGAGGCCACCAAAAUGACUAGUUCGGUGUCUUCUGAAGACGAAGGCGGUGGUGUUGGUAAGCCUCGAGGUUUCUUCCAGAGCUUUGGCCGACUUCUCCAUGAACAGCGUGGGAAAUGGCCCAACUAUUUGGGUAUCGUCUUGUCUUCCAUGGCUGUUGCUGUCGCAACACCUCUCCAAGCUUGGCUGUUUGCCAAGGCCAUCGGAGUGUUUCUUUUCCAAGGCGACGAACUCAAAAGUGAGAGUGACUUCUUGGGCCUCAUGUGGCUGGCUCUCGCUGGAGGCGUUGCCCUUUCGUAUUUCUGCGAAGGCUGGAUCGGUCUUCGCACCCAGUAUUACAUCAGCGCCGUCUACAAAUCGCAGUACCUGAACGAUAUGCUAUACCAGAAGAUGGCCUUCUUUGACCAAGAGGAGAAUUCCCAUGGUACAUUGAGUUCCAGAGUUUCGGGCGAUGCGAAGCAGCUGGAAGAGCUUCUUGGCCUCAAUCUUGCACUCAUGAUCUCCUCCAUGUUCAAUGUCAUCGGCUGUAUGGCUAUAUCUGUCGCCUUUGGCUGGAAGCUCGGCUUGAUUUGCAUGUCUGUAGCUCUACCGGCCAUGCUAGCUGCAGGCCGUUGGAAGCUCAAACACGAAGUUCACUUUGACAAGAUGAACUCAGCUGUUUUUAUGGAAAGCUCACAAUUCGCGACCGAAGCAAUCGAGGCAGUUCGGACCGUCUCUUCGCUUACAAUGGAAGACUCGAUCAACGGACGAUAUCGUGACUUGUUGGAUGGCCAUGUCAAAGCGGCAAACCGCAAAGCUCAAUGGACUUCGGCGAUCUUUGGCCUCGCAGACAGUAUUAGCCUUGGCGUUCAAGCGUUGCUUCUGUGGUAUGGAGGCACUCUUUUAGCCAGUGGUGAGUACUCGAUGGAGGCUUUCUUUGUAUGCUUUAUGGCUGUAAUUCAGGGCGCUGAGGCUGGGAGUAUGGGGCUCGCCCUGGCGCCCAGCGUCGUGCAAGUUACAGCUUCUGCGAACCGAAUUUUGGAUGUGCAAAGGUCUGUAGAUCCUGGUCAUCUGGACACGACUAUGCAACACUGUGCUGGCACAGACACUGAAGGGGGCGUGAAAAUAGAGCUACGGGAUGUCUCGUUCAAGUAUCCUACUAGGGACGCUUCCGUUUUUGACCAUUUGAGUCUCACCAUUGAGAAGGGCCAAUACGCUGCAUUUGUUGGGGCAUCUGGAUGCGGUAAAACUACAGUAAUAUCCCUUCUCGAACGUUUUUAUGAUGUCCAACCCGGUAACGGAGCAAUUCUAUGCGGAGGCCAAGACAUCAAGGACAGCAACGUCUUCGAGCAUCGAGAGAAUAUUUCGCUUGUAUCUCAAGAAUCCGCCAUGUUCCGAGGCUCAGUCCGUGAUAACAUCCUUUUUGGAAUCUCUGAUCCGGACUCUGUUUCCGACGACAGGAUUCAUCAAGUUUGUCGCGACACCUUCAUCCACGACUUUAUAAUUUCUCUUCCCGAAGGGUAUAACACUGACGUCGGUCACAGAGGUGUCUCGAUGUCGGGCGGUCAGAAACAACGAAUUGCUAUUGCGCGUGCCCUGAUUCGAGAUCCAAAACUCUUGCUUUUGGACGAAGCGACAUCGGCUCUCGACUCGGAAUCUGAGAAGGUGGUUGCAGCUGCGAUUGAUCAAGCGAGUAGCGGGAGAACAGUCAUCUCUGUGGCUCAUCGGUUGUCGACCAUCCAGAAUGCCGAUGUCAUCUUCGUUUUUGAUGAUGGGAAAGUGAUAGAGAAGGGGACGCAUACUGAGCUUGUCAACAAACAUGGUAUUUAUUGGGAAAUGUGUCAGAGCCAGGCUCUGGAUCGAUGA